AUUUUAAAGAAAUGUAAACGUACAAGCAGAGCCAUCUGGAUUCGGCCGAGCUCCCCCCUCCACGAGAAGCGAAACCCCAACACCAGCCAGCAUUUUAUGCGAAGGUUCGACGGCCUAGUUUUCAUAAUUUUUCUCUUAAAAUUCUCGUGGUUUUUUUGUGCUUGGCAAAGUCCGUCGUCGCGAGAAAUGCGACAAAGUCCUCUCCGCCAACUCCAGCGACAGGGACGGUGAGCCUUGGAACGACAUCCGCCGAUUCGCCUAUGCAAGAGUGAAACGGGUCAAAUCAAAUGCCGCCGGGCUCUUCUCGUUAAAAUGAUGAGUAAGAUCCUCAAUACGAUCUGGUCUUAUUUUCCCUGGACGAGAAAUCACACAUCCCACAAUUCUGUCAAACGAUCAAGAGAAGUCUUCGGGGACGACGAGGAGCUUUUACCGGUUCCGGUGAAAAGGCAGAGGCUUACGAGGAAUCCGCAGGUUUUAUCAGACUUCAAUAAACAACCAAGUGGUUUCCAAAAAAUUGAGGUUAUCGAUUUGACGAAACAGCAAUCAAAUAAUUUGAGAAAACGUAACUUAGGCUUAUCAAAUGAAAUUGUAUUAGAUGAAAUAAUUAUCAAAGAUGAUGAUGAUGAUGAAAUAGUCAAGGAAAGAAAACCAAAAUUUUUCUCAACAAAAUACGAAAACGUUUUGAAGGAAAACAUACUUAGUGUUCAAAACAAGAGCAGCUGUGCUGACAUUUUAAGCCCGAGCAAGUUUAAAAAUAAACACAAAGCUCCUAGACACAUCAGAUCUCCGACAAAAAUUAGAAAUCGUUUUUGUCUACUUUCUAACAGUUCUACUGAAAUUGUUGAUCCAAUAGCAUCUCAAAAUACAUUUAGAAGGGUACCUAUUGGAUUGAGACCUUCCAAAAUGUCAGAUGCGAGCAGUACAAGCCAGAAUUCUAUCAACAUGAAUUCAAGAAGGUCUUAUAUGCACUUCACCAAUGGGAAGCGUAUUCAGGAUUUCACCAGAGAUGAUUAUUCCCGGCUACUCGGGACAUUCAUCAGUGCAAAUUCUAAGAUUAAAACCAAAGAUAAAACUACUACAGAAAUUAUAGAUUUGGAUGAUGUGUCUGACAGUGAAACUGAGAAAAAUAAACAAGUGGAAGAAACUAUCAUUAUAAAUGAUGAUGACGAUAGCAACACAGAUAAACUAAAGUUAAUUAGCACCCCAAAAGUGUCGAGGGUGAACAGCUUCUCUCAGAAAAUUGAGAAACACAACGAAGCUACAAACAAAAUGCUAGAAUUAACUGCUAAGGUGUCAGCCUCAAAAGAGAAAUUUGAAUUUAUGAGGAACCAGUACACUGAACUUUGCUACAAGCACCAACUGCUUCGGUUCAAGUCGGUUCAAGAUGCAUUGAACGAGAGAAUAAAAGACUACCUUAAAAUCACUGAAACAGUUCUUGACACUGAAGGGAUUGAAGCGUUGCCUGAACUUACUCCUAAAAUGCAGCAAAGAAUUGAUGAAGCAUUCCGACCACAGCCAGAAAAUCAAGUCAUGGUCUCUAAGUUUAAUUACAAUGUGACGAGGAGGGACUUAAAUUGUCUGACAAGGUUAAAUUGGCUUAAUGAUGAGGUAAUCAACUUUUACAUGGAGUUGAUAAUUGACAGAGGCAAACUAAAACCCAAUUACCCCCCUGUUCAUACCUUCAGCACAUUUUUCUUCCCAAGGUUGAAACAGAGCGGCUACACAGGAGUUAGACGCUGGACACGAAAGGUCGAUGUGUUUCAAAAAGACAUGAUCCUUGUCCCAAUCCAUCUUCAUGUACAUUGGUGCAUGGCCUGCAUACAUUUAAAGAAAAAAACUAUCAGCUUUUAUGACAGUAUGGGCUCAACUGAUCCAGGAGUCCUGAGUCUCCUACGAGAUUAUAUUCAGAGUGAGCAUCAGGACAAGAAGAAUGCACCGUUUGAUACAUCAGACUGGACGCUGACUUCAGUAACGAACAUACCGCAACAGAAGAAUGGAAGCGAUUGUGGCGUAUUCGCCUGCACGUUUGCCGAGUUCCUUGCUAGAGACGCCACUUUCAUUUUCAGUCAAAAGGACAUGCCUUAUUUUAGAAGAAAGAUGGCUUAUGAGAUCUUAGAAGGCUCAUUACUGACAUGAAUUAAAAUAGAGAGAGAGUGCACACCUGGUUAUUUGGGACUUUUUUUAUCUGAAUAAACUGUAAAUAUUAAAAACUUUGGUAUUUUGAAUACUACCGCAGUCGUAAUUAUUCAGACUUUUUUAAAUAAAUAAAUUUAUUACUCAUUCACUUUGUAAACUAUACAUAUUUAAUAUUUUUCAUUUGUCUUCAUGAGCUAAAUAGUUUAAAAUGUAUAUUUUGUAUUUUCUAUUGAAAUUUUUGUAUUACAUUUUCGGUUUUACAAAGCUUGUAAGCAUA